AUGUCCAGCGGUCUCGAGCUUCGCGUGGGGAACAAGUACCGCCUCGGUCGCAAGAUCGGGAGCGGAUCCUUCGGAGACAUCUACCUGGGCACGCACAUUCAGACCGGAGAGGAGGUCGGCAUCAAGCUGGAAUCGGUGAAGACGAAGCACCCCCAGCUUCUGUACGAAUCUAAGCUGUACAAGAUUCUCCAGGGAGGAACCGGCAUUCCCAACGUGCGAUGGUUCGGCGUCGAGGGCGACUACAAUAUCAUGGUCCUGGACCUCCUCGGCCCGUCCCUGGAGGACCUCUUCAACUUUUGCAACCGCAAGCUGUCGCUCAAGACUGUGCUCAUGCUCGCGGAUCAGCUCGUGUCGCGCAUCGAGUACGUGCACUCCAAGUCGUUCAUCCACCGCGACAUCAAGCCCGAUAACUUCCUGAUGGGGCUCGGUAAGCGCGCCAACCAGGUCAACAUCAUCGACUUUGGGCUCGCCAAGAAGUACCGCGAUCCCAAGUCCCACCAGCACAUCCCCUACAGGGAGAACAAGAACCUCACGGGCACUGCGCGAUACGCGUCAAUCAACACCCACCUCGGCAUUGAGCAAUCGCGUCGCGACGAUCUCGAGUCGCUGGGGUACGUCCUGAUGUACUUUCUGCGCGGCUCGUUGCCGUGGCAGGGCCUGAAGGCGGCGACGAAGAAGCAGAAGUACGAGAAGAUCAGCGAGAAGAAGAUGUCCACGCCGAUCGAGGUGCUGUGCAAGGGGUUUCCCCCCGAGUUUGUCACCUACUUCCAGCUGUGCCGGUCGCUCCGCUUCGAGGACAAGCCGGAUUACUCCUACGUCAGGAAGCUCUUCCGCGACCUCUUCAUCCGGGAGGGCUACCAGUACGACUACGUCUUCGACUGGACCAUCCUCAAGUACCAGCAGACCCAGGCGCUCACCCGGCCCUCCGCGGGACCCGCCCUCGGCGCCGGAGGCGGCGCGUCCAGGGAGAGGAGCAGGGAGAAGGAGCCUCGAUCCCGGGGCGCCGACGACGGCAGGCGGAACACGCCCGCGGACGGGACGGGCCGGGGUCUCGAGGCCAGGGGUCUCGACGCGGCGCGCGGCGGCGGCGGCGGCGGCCGGGAUAUCGCCCGGGGGGCUUCGGGUUCUGGGACUAGGGGCGGGUACGGACCCGGCGCAGAUCGCAUGUGA